UUCUGUUUCGUUCCAGAAUGAAAACGAACUUCUUCACACUCUAGUUGUUAUGACAAUCAUGGCACAGGGAGAGUGAGAGAGAGCAAAUCAAGCAAGCCGGAGAGACUGAGAGAAAGGCAGCCACAGUUUCAGCGAAGCUUAGCUGUGCUCUGCACGUGUGUUGUUUUUCCACUCCAAUCCGUUUAGUUAAACAGAGACUUCAUUGCUUUUGAGUGUUGUCAGCGAAAGGGGUGCUAAGUUUGUUGUGAUGCUCGUAGAGACGCUUGAGAAGGCAAGUGCAGCAGCUGCUGAUUCUAGAAUGAGUAAUCCAUCGGAAACAAGUAAAUGUGCAAUGGAGAGCGGGGACGAAAACACUGGUGCCCAAACAAAUGGACUGGACUUUCAGAGGCAGACUGUGCAAACAACAAGCGCAAUCACCAACGCACACGCACAGGCCUUGCUCCAACAGUUGACUUUGACUCCAGCGCAGCAGCAGUUAUUGAUACAGCAGGCUCAGGCUCAGCUCCUGGCAGCAGCGGUGCAGCAUUCAGCCGGCCAGCAGAGUAGCACCACAGGAGCCAGCAUCUCUGCCUCCGCUGCCACCCCCAUCACCCUCUCUCAACCCAUCCAGAUCACACCUAGCUCAACAAUAAGGAUUUGCCCUGGCAGUUUUUUCACCUGUCCUGGGGAUGUCUCAAGUGUUAAACAGUUACAGCAGCUGCAACAGCAGCAGAACCUCAACCUGCAGCAGUUCGUGCUGGUCCAACCGGGCCACCACAUCGCAACACAGCUGCAGCCCACGCAGUUCAUCAUCUCGCAGACGCCACAGGGCCAGCAGAGUCUCCUGCAAGCCCAAAACCUUCUAACUCAACUACCUCAAAGCCAAGCCAACCUCCUGCAUACCCAGCCAAGCAUCACACUUGCCACACAGCCUGCGACACCCACACGCACGAUAGCGGCGACCCCCAUCCAAUCCCUCGCUCACAGCCAGACGACACCAAAGCACAUCGACACACCCAGCCUAGAGGAGCCCAGCGACCUGGAGGAGCUUGAGCAGUUUGCCAAGACCUUUAAACAGAGACGCAUCAAACUGGGCUUCACGCAGGGGGAUGUUGGCCUUGCCAUGGGAAAACUUUAUGGAAAUGACUUUAGCCAAACCACCAUUUCUCGCUUUGAGGCCUUGAACCUGAGCUUUAAAAACAUGUGCAAACUGAAGCCUCUUCUUGAAAAAUGGCUCAAUGAUGCAGUUUGUGCAGAGAACCAGACUUCUGAACAGGCCCUGUCCAGUCCCAGCUCUCUUGGCUCGCCUGGGCUGGGCAUAGAGGGCUUGAACCGCCGCCGCAAGAAGAGGACCAGCAUCGAGACCAACAUCAGAGUGGCCUUAGAAAAGAGCUUUCUGGAGCAGAACCAAAAACCUACCUCUGAGGAGAUCACCAUGAUCGCGGACCAGCUCAACAUGGAGAAAGAGGUGAUCCGAGUAUGGUUCUGUAACCGCAGACAGAAAGAAAAGAGGAUCAACCCACCCAGCAGUGGCAGCAUCUGCAGCACCCCUAUCAAAGCAAUCUUUCCUCACACCACAACUCUGGUACCGAGUACAGCCAGUCUUGUGACCAGUAACACACCGACUACGAUGACUGUCAACCCAAUUAUGUCUCUCACCAGCACUAGCGUCGGUUUCACUGGCACAACUAUUGGCUCGGCCACCACUAACACGGCAUCGGUCAUCUCCACUGCACCUGUGAUCACCACCGCAGCAUCCUCUCCUUCGCUCAGCCCUUCCCCCAGCGCAGUGCAGACGUCCUCAGAGCAGGCUUCAGCUCAGGAGAUAGUAGCGGCAGUAAGUCAGGCAUCUUCCUCCCUGGCAAACACUCUGGGCACUGGGCAGGUGAUGGUGGCGUCCCCCAGCCUCACGGCUGCUCUGCAAGGAGCCGCCCAGCUGCCCACCAGCGCUAGCCUCGCCGCCAUGGCUGCAGCCGCUGGCCUCAACCCUGGGCUCAUGGCAUCCUCGCAGUUCAAUCCUGGCGGGGCUCUUCUUAGUUUGGCGCCAGGUGGUCUCGGAAGCGCUUUGAGUCCAGCACUGAUGAGCAACAGCACCUUGGCCACAAUCCAAGGUGUGUGGAGCGCUCUGGCAUCUAGUGGCACUCUGCCCAUUACAUCACUGGACGGGAGCGGGAACUUUCUGUUUGCCAACACCAGCGCUGGCAGUACCCCUAACCUCAUGACGACACCGCUCUUUCUGAACCCUCAGAACUUGUCACUGCUUGCCAGUAACCCGGUCAGCUUAAUGUCUGCGGGAGGGGCUGGGGGUGCUGCCGGAGCCCUCAAUCUGCACAUCACCGCUGAUGCCCACCAGAGCGCUGUUACCACGGCAACUAUGCCCGCCUCCACCAUCACCACGGCCUCUAAGGCCCAGUGAAAGUUUAACCCACUCCUCUCCUCUUCUAGACCCCUUUCUUUAAUCUCUUGCUACCACCAAAAACAAACCCACUAAAAAGGAUUUGAUGUUGUUUUAACGUUAUUUUACCGUUUAAGUUUGUAUGUUCUAACUUUUCAGAUAUCUUUUUCACACAUUACUCUACGUUGUUUGGACCUCAUUGUCGGGUUGACUUCAACCAAAUCAACAAUAAGCGAAUGUUGGCGUCACCACAGAGCUUGCAUCAGGAGAGCAGAAACCUCCCUGGACAUUGUUGCAAGUCUCUGUGUGACGCAAAAGCAUAUUCGUUUCAGCAAACUCACUCUCUCCCAUUUUCACAUUAUACCUCUUCUUCAGAGGUACUUCUGAAAUGCUUUUAACCAAAAAACUUUGUUUACUCUGUGUUGAAUGAUACCUUCUUACUGCUGACAGUAACCUCUUCUUCACCGUAGAAAAAGGACACCUUAUAUUCUUCUGUCUAUGAUCUCUUCUCUUUCCACUGGAGAUCCUGCUUUACAGAUGUUCCGGUCCUCCUGGAACAUCUCCUUUUUAGAUGUACAUCAUUUAUUUUUGUCAAACAGUGGGUUAGCUUUAUGUCCUAUAUCUUACUAACUUGUGGUUACAAGGCUUUAAAUGGAGUAAUAAGCGGCUGUGAUGCGGUUUCAUUGCUUUAAGGAAUCGUUCGACUGGCCUUUCUUUCUAGUGAAUAUUGUUUUUGUAUAAUUUCGUAGUUUACUCAGUAGCAGAAGACUAGUCUGGGUCUGAAUUCUGACCUAGUCACAGGCUUAUUUAAUACUAAAAGCUUUAACGAAUUAUGAGAUGAUUCGUCAAGGAGGAGUUGUUCAGCGUGGGCAACAGUGACUGAGCACAGUGCCGUCUACUUUGGAGCUUCAGUAACUCAGAGCUCACAACUCUUACGUUAGCGUCAGGACUGUGUAACCACGUAAGGUAAACCUCCUCAAGGUCUUCCUAACAUGGGAUGUACUUUUGGUAUCACCACCUGAUUGUGAAGGUGUUGGUCAAGCGAGUUGGGGUGGAUGAUAUUCAAGUUUGUUUUUGUUUUUUAGGGUCUUUGAUUUUCUACUUGUGCACAGUAUCUGUACCAAAAAACUGGAUUUGAGAACAGAAGUUCUGCUAAAAACCGAGCAGACUGCAGUCACGCUUUAAGAGGUCUUUAUUUCGGAGGUCUUUGUAUUGCCUCCAUUUCAAGAUAUACCAAAAAUCUUUGUUAUACCUGUUGCUGUAUAUUGCUACUGUAGCGUAGUUUAAGCCUAAAUAUUUAUGAGCAAAGGCUCUCGGUAGACCACAGGAAAUAUAAUGCAAUAUUUUGAUCUUUUCCAAAGACGAAAACAGUUAUUUUCUUUUUCUUUUUUUUUGUUGAGAUGGCUGUCCCUCCUGUUUUGUAGUAUCAGUGCAACUAACCAAAUAGAUUCGAGUCGAGGUGAGAGUAGGGCGUGAUACUACAGCAAAGUACCAGUUUGAGGUUUGGGAUUGUCCCUUCUGCGAGUAAUUCAAGAGGACUUUGAGUGAGAAAAAUGGGGGAGUCUUCUUCCCAUUGUUUCAGAUAAUUGAAAAUUGUUAACGUGCGUGUGUUGGAAGUAAUGCAAGUGUGUUCUUACCUGACAGGCUUUUUGAAUAUUUCCCUUUUUUGUAGUUACAAGGUACCAGAUUCAGUCCUCUGUAAAAUACACUUCUCGUCCCCAGGCCCAAUGUGCUGGCUAUACCAUAGAGCAGUGGUUUUCAAACCAGGUCCUGGGGACCCACGGCUCUACACAUUUUGUAUGUCUUUCUUAUCUGACACAGUCAGUUGAGUUCUCCUAAUGAGCUGAUGAUCUGUAUCUGGUGUGUUAAAUAAGGUAGACAUACAAAAUGUGCAGAGCGAUGGGUCCCCAGGACCAGGAUUGAAAGCCAUUGCCAUAGAGCUUUAGUUCCUAACCCUGGUCCUGGAGUACCCCCAGCACAUUUUAGAUGUCUUCCUAAUCAAACACGCCUGAUUCAACUCAUCAGCUUGUUAGUAAAGACUCCAAGACCUCAGAUGGGUGUGUCAAAUAAGAGAUACAUCAAAAAUGUGCACUGAUGGGGGUGCUCCAGGCUCAGGGUUGGCAACCACAGCCAUGUAGGACAGUGCUGGGUCUGAAAUAUCCGUUAUAAUGGGGCGGGAACAUAAUUAGGGGGUUUAGGCGGAUGGUCUGUUUUGUUUUUCCCUACCAAUGUAAUGCAGCCAUGAUGUAAAGCUUGAACCAAAGUCGAUUUCUCACUAGCUGCUGUGCCUGUGUGGGCCAGUGCAAUGCUGACCACACUUUCACUACUCACUACUGACAAACUUUACCAUUUAUUACUCUUCUUUUAAACCCUAUUCAUUCAUCUUGCAUUGACCAACAAAUCGUGUUUGGCUUGAUGAAGAAAUAUACCCUCUCUAGCGCAGCGCUAACUUGCUUUAGCUCUCGAUAUCGAAGCAUUUAACGAUCCAAAGAGAAUCUUAAGGGCCUUGUGUUUAAGUGCUGUUGAGAUUUUGGGAGUCUGUGUCCUUCGUUUCAUUCAUUCACCUACUCGGUGAGUCUUUGUUUUGGAUGUGAUCUCUUGGGUCUCAACACUGAUGCUGUGUUUCAACAAAUGAAUAGCAAUAGAAAUAUCAAGAGUCCACCAAGAUAAUUUAAUUUAAAAUCCAGAAAAACCUGUGGAAGUGCAAAAAGGCCCUGAAAUUGCUCCAUGGGACAAGGUAGAUUUUUAAGUAUUGCAUUGGUACAUUGUCUAGACUUGGAUUUUAUUUCUUAAAUCACCAAUAAAUACAGGCAUUCUGGGAGAAUUACGGUAGUAUUUCAUUUCUCUAGCAUUGCUUUUAACUCUGUCACAUUUUUUUAUUCUGUCACAAAGAGAUCAGAGUCUCCCCUUAUUGUCCCUUUUGUGGUUUGUUACUGUGUUCCUUUUCUGUAAUUUUUUUUAUGACUCUCUUUUUGUUAGCAUCGCUAUUUGUUUUAUUGUAAUAUGAUUUGAAAUACCUCAGCAGCACUUGCAUGAAAGGUUCACUUUAGGCAAAACACCAGAAGUCAACUCCAGAAUGUACAAAAGCUGUUUCUAACAGUCCAUUUUUAAAUGACCAACGUGUAAAACAAAACUACAAAGUAUAACAGGAAAAUCUGUAAUAAUAAUGUCACAUAAGUCUACUACUGCUAUUUCAAGUACUACUACUUAAAGGGUUUGUCCAGGUUAACUUGUAAUAUUUUGUUAUCCUACUUGCCAAAGUAAAAAAAAAAGCCUUUGUCUUUGCGGCUGGGUCUUGUUGCUGCUCAUUCCGCUGGUUCUGUCCGGAAAUUUCAACGUAGCCUCUCUGGAUGUGUAGAUUUAUGUGUUGUUUUGCGCAUUAGUGUCAUUACCCGGUGGUCGCCGGGACUGUGGGGAGUUACUGAUAUAUUUAUCUGAGGAAUGACUCAAGAUUAGAGAACUUCUUUUCUAAAUUCUAUAUAUAUUCACUUAUGUAAGAUGCUCAUAUUUUAUAUUUGAACUUAUAUCUAGUUUGAAUGUAGUGUUUUUGUCAUGCUUAUUCACUAAAAGGAAAAAAUAACAAAAAAUUACUUCAUUUAUAUGAUAGCUAUUCUAAGAAAAAAAGUCAAGACCAAAAAUCGCGACCACACCCUUGUGAUGUGGGAGUGGCUGUUGUGUGCCCCGCCCACAUUAACACGUUUGUUUGAGUGGGUGGGGCUUGUGAUGGUGCUCUAAAGGAAAGCCCCCAGCUUUAGUUGAUGUAACAGACUUGAUAGCACCAAACUACUCUUAAUUUUUAUUUUUUUAUUUUUUUUACAUUUGGUUGUUGUUUUUGCUUUUUUAUGGAUUUCAUUUGCCAUGUUGCUUUUUAACAAUCUUUUACAAUCAUUUGAAUUUAAUUACUUUAUGCCUUUUUUUGUAUAUCAUGAGGGAGCAACGUCACUGGCUUUCUUUGUUUGACAAACUUGCGUUUAUCAUUUAUGCCUUACUAUUAUUUCAGAGUUUGACACAUUGUAGCAAACUGUAAUAUGUUGAUGUUACAGAUGAUUUUGUUUGGUUAUGAAUUUGUGUGUGCGUGCAUGAGUGAAAGAUGAUGCAACAGGGCAUGCACCAAUGUCAAAACUCACACGGUGCAUAUCAACCAUGAAAAUAACGCUGUGAGUUUUAUUUGUGUUUUGUGAUAUUUUGGAAGUGUUUUUACCUAUUAUGUAGGUAUAAUUCAAGGCUGUUGGAUACCUGUUGAAAGCUUUACUAAAAACUCAACUCCAGCUGAUAUGUAGGGGGCGCUAGUGGUGCAUUACUUUGAAAGAUGAUAUUUUAGAGAGGUUCUGUCUGAGGUCAUAUCUCAAGUGACUCAUUUUUUCGGAAAUACAGGAUUUUUUUUUGUAAGUGGAUAUAAGGAAGCAUCAUACAUCAUUUGAUGCAAUUGACCACUUGGCUGUAAAUGAUAUCCCUUUGAACCUGUGUGCACAUGAGAUGUUUCAGAUGGGAUUUACACAAGGGUGUUGAACCUGGCAACAGCUCUGUACAUGUGAAGUUGUUGCGGAUCCUGUUUUUGGCACUUGAUUUUGGCGUGUGUGGAUGCUCUGACUUGUGAUUGGAUAGUUUCUUGAUUGUAGCAGGGUUUGCCACUGUAGACCCUUAGUCUAGUAACAAAAUAGGAUAGUUGCAGAAGAGGUCAUGCGCCAGAGAGCCGAGCGAGAGCUGGUCUGAGUAAAGGAGCUGUUGUAUACCUCAUUUAUAACUCGAAACUGAGUAAAAACUUGCUUUAAUCUACUUCAAAAGAUGGAAUAAAAAAAAACAAAAAACAAAGAUCUGUCCUAGAACAGAAGCCUGCAGAUGUCUGUUUAAAGUUUAGAGUGAGGAACCGGAGGAUACCUAGAAGGCUGCACAAGCUCAUGCAUAUAGGAAGCCCAUCCCACUUAUUUAUAUUUAACUUUUAUAGAAAUUUAAGUUCUCCUUAUUCAUUUUAUACCAAAGCUUUUUUUUAUGAUUUGACAAUCGUCGCCUUAUGAAACCCCAAAAACUAUUCUGAAUCUUUCGCAUGGUGUGCGCUGUUCGUUCUGGGUUUGCUUGUUCCUCACCUUCUCAGUGGUAACCAAAGACUUUCAAAGUGAUUGUAUGGACUAAACUCUCUCCUAGUUCCCUGCCUCAACCAUUAGCUUGGGGUUUGAGAUCAUCGAUCAAAGCAUGUGGCUGAGUGGGCGGGGUUUAGUAGAAAGAGGAAGAAAAA